GCGUGUGCGUGCGUGCGUGCGCGCGGGGCGGGGCCGGCCUGCCCUGCCCUGCCCUGCCGGGAGGGGGAGGGCGCACGGGAGGAAGGAGGAAGCCGCCAUCUUGGAGCGUCGAGUCGCCAUAACAAGGCACCAAGCGGCAGCGAGAGGAUUUUGUACCUGGGCGAGGGGGAGCGCGGCUGGUGGCGAUUGAAGCAAGUGAAUUCUGAUAUAACUCAACUUUAUUAGAGGGCUUUUUUUUUUUUUACAAAAAAAAAAAGGUUGAUCCACAGUGCAUCAGAGCAAGUUACUACUUUACUUUUGAGUGACUUACAGGUGCUUGCCUGCAUUGCAAUAAAGGACUCAUAUAUUGAGCAAGACUUAUUUAUCUCUUCAUUUUGGAGAGUCUAAUAAACUGUUAUUACAGUUUCUGUACUGACUUUCAAAGUUUUGAAGUCUAAAAAGACAUCUUUAAAAAUAGAAGCAUGAGCACGGCCAGAACAGAGAACCCUGUUAUAAUGGGUCUAUCCAGUCAGAAUGGGCAAUUGAGAGGCCCUGUAAAACCCAGCGGGGGCCCAGGAGGUGGAGGCGCACAGACUCAGCAACAGAUGAACCAGCUGAAAAAUGCCAACACAAUCAAUAAUGGCACUCAACAACAAGCACAGAGUAUGACCACCGCUAUUAAACCUGGUGAUGACUGGAAGAAGACUUUAAAACUCCCUCCAAAGGAUUUGAGAAUCAAAACUUCGGACGUGACCUCCACAAAAGGAAAUGAGUUUGAAGAUUACUGUUUGAAACGGGAGUUGCUGAUGGGAAUUUUUGAAAUGGGCUGGGAAAAACCAUCUCCUAUUCAGGAGGAGAGCAUCCCCAUUGCUUUAUCUGGUAGGGAUAUCUUGGCUAGAGCGAAAAAUGGAACAGGCAAGAGUGGAGCCUACCUCAUUCCGUUACUUGAACGGCUAGACUUAAAGAAGGACAACAUACAAGCAAUGGUGAUUGUUCCCACCCGUGAACUAGCCCUGCAGGUCAGUCAAAUCUGUAUCCAAGUCAGCAAACACAUGGGAGGUGCCAAAGUGAUGGCAACAACAGGAGGAACCAAUUUGCGAGAUGACAUAAUGAGGCUUGAUGAUACAGUGCAUGUGGUGAUAGCUACCCCUGGCAGAAUUCUCGAUCUCAUCAAGAAAGGAGUAGCAAAAGUUGAGCAUGUCCAGAUGAUAGUAUUGGAUGAGGCAAAUAAGUUGCUGUCUCAAGAUUUUGUACAAAUAAUGGAAGACAUUAUUCUCACGCUACCUAAAAACAGACAGAUUUUGCUCUACUCAGCCACUUUCCCUCUGAGUGUACAGAAAUUCAUGAAUUCCCAUUUGCAGAAACCCUAUGAGAUUAAUCUGAUGGAGGAGUUAACCUUGAAGGGAGUUACUCAGUACUAUGCCUAUGUAACUGAGCGUCAGAAAGUUCAUUGCCUCAAUACGCUGUUUUCCAGGCUCCAGAUUAACCAGUCGAUCAUUUUCUGCAACUCCUCUCAACGGGUUGAAUUGUUAGCCAAAAAGAUCUCCCAGUUGGGCUAUUCCUGCUUCUAUAUCCAUGCUAAAAUGAGGCAGGAACACCGCAAUCGUGUGUUCCACGAUUUCCGAAACGGCUUAUGCCGCAAUCUUGUUUGCACUGAUCUGUUUACCCGAGGUAUUGAUAUCCAAGCUGUGAAUGUGGUGAUAAACUUUGAUUUCCCAAAGCUGGCAGAGACUUAUCUCCAUCGUAUUGGCAGAUCAGGUCGCUUCGGUCAUCUUGGCCUGGCCAUCAACUUGAUCACCUAUGAUGAUAGAUUCAACCUGAAAAGUAUUGAGGAGCAGUUGGGAACUGAAAUUAAACCCAUACCAAGCAACAUUGACAAGAGCCUGUAUGUGGCAGAAUACCACAGUGAACCUGUAGAAGAUGAGAAACAGUAACCAUAUGCGUUUUGACUACACAUGCCGGAAGGUGAAGCCCUUUGAUCCACAUCUGUGACACAUCAUUUCUUUGGGGAUACCCUUCUCUUUGUGGGUUUUUCUUCGUCUUUUCAUUUCGGAACUAUGAAGACUAAAGAGCUUGGCCUUUUUUCUUUUUAAAUUUGGCAGCAAGGAAGAAAGAAGAUGAAAGGAGGAAUGUCUUUUUGUUUUUCCACUUGUUUGCACUGUGUGCUGAUUGAACAUUAGUUGCACUAACUGCUGGUUUUAAAUUUUUUUUUUCUUUGGGUGGGAGGGGCAACAAGGGAAGAAGAGAAACCCUGGAAAGAGAAGAAUCUUGAUGAACACAAGCUUGUCUGCGAUUUCAAAUUCUUCAACCAUCGACUGAGUGCAUUUCAACUUCUCCCUGUUUACUCAUCUGUUUUUAAGCUAAAGAGCUUGUUACUUAUUCGUGCAAAGUGCCUUAUGCUAUGAGACCAUUCAGAAUAUCACCUUUCCGACACAGCCCAAGGAAUCAACAGCUGUUUUUGGUUUCAGGUCAAAGUUCCCCUCUCUUCCCCCUCUCCUCCUCCCAAAGUACUCAAGGCCAGGGCUGGGAGGUGAAACUUAUUGGUAAUACUACUUUUUUUCAACUUUUUUUUUUAAUUGGAGGAGUUGAUAUGCAUCUGCAGUUCACCCACACUGUAAAUACUGUAUUUAAAACAAAACCAACUUAAAAUCUGGGCUGAUUAGGUGCAGCAGCAUAGCUCCAGAAGGAAAGAGUAGCCUGUCAUCCUUUGCAGGAGCCAUAAGAAAAGCCCUGUGCUCUAGCAGAACACUAAAGACUGUUUUCCAUAAGUCUCCAUUAGUAGUUCCAGCACUUGAUAUGUAGACUUGUUUCAGAGCCAUGGCCCUCUUUCUUCUGGUGCAGUGUGUCCCAUAGAAAAUCAGAUGUGUAUAUUGUACAAACUUUGUAAAUAUUUUUUUUCUGUUUGGGUUCAUAUAUAACUUUUUUUUUUUGAUGAAGGUUGCUGGGGUUAAAGGGAUUAGACUGAUUAUGGGAGCAGCUAAAGAUGAGAGGGGCUCAGUUUUCUGCAACACUAAGCAAUGAGAAAUGCUCUGACCUCCCUGAAGAGCAGGCUUCCAAGUGUCCCUUGUCAGGGUGGGUUUGCUCUGGUGCUAGCAACACUGUCCUGUACCGCUUGUAUCGAAGAGAUUCCUUGCAGGGGCUCUGAGGCCUCAAAAUCUGUUGCUUACCGUGUUCAAGAUAUUCUUUGAUUUCCCUCUUAGAAAUGUCAGGAACUUCACAAGCUCUGAAGGGUGCCCUGACCUGUGUUCCACCAUGGUGUGAGGGAAAUCCAGCGGGUGUCAGUGUUGCUGAGCAGCAUAUGUAUAAGGCAUGGAUUUGGGUUUAAAAGAAACCGUAGAAAACUGAUCUAGAUGCAUAAACUGACAGUUCUGGAGCUUUAUGGGAUUGAUUUACUUCCUGCAGCAUUGUGCAUUUUCUGCCCAAAACAGCCUCUAUACAGACCUGUGAGCAGGUAAGGGUACAAAACCCCUGUUAAUGUCAGAAGCUACAGAAAGCUAUUUGCCAUCUUGUCUGUUUUGGCAUGACUUGCUCUCUGUCACUCUGCAUUGUAUAUUGCUGGAAAAUGCUUUCUGGUCAAAUAGUGUUGCUUUAAAUUGUGCCCCUCCCAACAUGCUUGAUGUUUGGCCUGAUCUACAGGCAAGAGGAGUGAGACAAAUCAAACUGUAAACUCUUAAAAUUCCCUUUUAGCCUGUUCAACUACAGUGUCAGGAGGCACCUGGAUGAAUGCAAUCCCUUUUGCUCAGUCAUUUAUUGUGUAUACAGACGCUGCACUCACACCAUGCUUGCUUAUCUUAAGGCAGGAAUUAAUUGUCUUAAUUUCUCCCAUUUUGACACCUCCGCUUUUUUCUUUCGAGUAAAAAUGUUUGGAACUAAAAGGCAGACUUAACUGUCCCAUUUCCUUGAGGAUCAUAAGUACAAAAUCAGGUGCCUCCUGACAACAACUUUACAAGAUGGAAAGGGUGUUUUUUUUUUUUUUUUUUUUUGUCAGCAGUGACUCCAUAAUUGUAGCAAAUGCUGCACUAGAGUACAAACUCAAGAGCUUGGUCACAGACACUCUGUGAGCCACACAGCUUACAUCUGACUGGCAGCCAGCUUACGAUUUUCCAGAGAGACAGAAGAGGGAUCAUUUUAGUGCAACAAAGACAUGAAAAAAUGUAAAUAAAAGUUUUUUGUAUCUUACCAGGGCACACACAUGUAACAAGAACAGGAUAGCAGUGUUGAGUCAGAUGUGUGUGCUCUGCUUGGAUUUGUGGUAGGUUAGCCUGGUGCCAUGCUUUGAUGGUCCCUCUUAAAGCACAGAACUUUUAAAUGGAAAGUAUUACUUUAAACUCGGCCUCUAUUUGAGGAUUGGCACUUACCUAAACUAUCAGGGGCACCGUUUUUAGGUGGCUUUCAGUAAAGAAGGAAGCAGCCUAUUUUUGGUGCCAAUAGGCUAUCUCUAACAGAUGCAAUCUUGCAAAUGGAAAGAUGCUCCAAACGACUAGGAUAAGCCUAGUUUUUGUUUUGUUUUUCCUGCCCAGGAGUAAGGAGUGUGUAUAGGUCUUGGCUUUUUGAGAUUCCUUUUGAUCUCCUGUUGUUUUUCUAGUCACACACCAGCCUUUACAUUUAUGCAUUACUUGGAGCCAGUUUCUGCCUUCAGUGAUGAGCCCUAGGUCAAAUAAUUCCUCUGACAAAGAUAACAUUAAGAAUCUGCUGUAUUCUGCAUUUUCCCCCCGAAAGUCUAAAAAAGCGUCAUCCUCUGAAUCUGAAGAAAUAGAGUUUCACAACUGGGUGAAAUGGCUGUGAAGAGGGUGACGCAAAUCUUCAGCCAGCUUACUCCAGAUGAGCUAUAGGCUGGUCUCAGGAUGUGCGCUGUCAAGAGUGCAGUGCAGUUGCUGGAGGGCUUUCCUUGAAGGGAGGGGGGUGGGUUGGUCUCAAAUACAUAUUUUAGUUUCCAGAAUGAGAUGGGAGCAUCUUUCCUUUGCCCUCUGGGACUUUUUUUGUGGGUAAGAACAUGGAAGCUCAACAUGAAUACGUUGUAUACAUGUUGGUAUCAAAUCAUCUCAUUCUGAUUGUUUGAUUUUUAUUUUUACUUGGGAUAGGGAAGGGUGUCUGCUCCAAGGAUUUAAAAAUGCUUCACACGCUUGUUUUUUCAAAUGACUUAUAGGACUCAAACCUUGAGCAGAGAGCUGUUCUGUCAUGGUUUCUGUUCUAGAGGUUAUCGGGAUGCCAUGCCGCACCUGCUGAGCUGCCAUCACAGUGGUUCUUGUCCUGGUGCUGGACUUAGUAAUACUGCUGGGGUUGAGCAGCUGUUGGUUUCUGAGGAUGGGGGUGAACUUUGUUCCCAGGAGCUCCAGCAGCAUGGCCACCAUUGUAAAGGUUGGGCAAAAGAAGUCCACACAAGGAGUUUUUCCAAUUGCUGUGAACUUGUAGUCUUUUUUUUUUUUUUUUUUUUGGAAUCACAGUUUCUCUUCAUGAUAAGUCAGGUCUCUGGACCAAAGAGCAUGCAUCUGAUCUUCAAAAUAAGGCUUUGGCAGAUUAUUCUGUAGGUUUUGCUCAGUUCACUGUUGCAUUGCUAAAAAUGUCUUUAUGUGGAAGCAUUGUUAAAUUCUGCUGUAGACAAAUAAGGGAAGGGUAAGGAGGGGUGGUGGGAGGGAUGGGUUUAUUAAGAUACAGCCUUGCUGUAUUUUAACCGAUAAUUAUGGGGAAGGGGUGUCAGGAGAAGAAAAUAGUCACUGUUCCCUUUAUAGAAAAAACCUGGAACUUUAUUUCAAGAAAAAAAAACUAUUUGCAAUUCACGUGGGAUGUCAUAAUCCACUGGUCCCUAGUUAAGAAGUUGGUACUUUGUUAACCAGUGAACAACAUGGAAUAGUCCUUGAAAAUAUUCAGGGGAGGGAGGGGAAAAUUGGCUUUCUGUUAAAUUGGUAAUUGGCUAAUUCUCCAGUGGAGCACGGAUUUUGUUGAGAAUGUGUUUUUCUCUGGAUAUGUACAUGCGUUGCAGCACUGGCUUGUGAAGAGCUUCAUGAGUUCAGAGUGCAAAAAAGAUGAAUGGUAAAAUCCUGAUUUUGUUGAUUAAACUCAAUAAAAGCUCCCUGGAACUCCAGAUUGGUUUUGGUGUUUCUUUUAACAGUGCUAAGCAAAAAAAAAACCAAAGCAAUGCUGACCUUUUCUUCAUAGAAAGCCCUAGCGCAUGUCAACUAGCUUUGGAGAGAUGCCUAAAGAU